GUUACUCUGCGCUCGUUGAGGCACCAAAUGCGGCGAUAGGCGCGCUUGAGCUUGUGCUCCGGGCCCGCUCUCGUUUUCCUGGCACUGAGCAGCGAGGUGUUUGAAGAAUGGGCUUGUUCGACUAUCUGUUCUCUAAGGCAGACGCCAAAUGCGAUAUCUGCGUCAAGUCGUUCGCGCAGAUGUGGGCGUCGUACCGGGGGCAGAAAGGGCACGAUCCGGCGCUGGGCGAUGAGGCGUACCGCCCUCGCACGGAGCCACUGCCCACCACGGUGCCCGGCCACCCCCCCCGCUUGGUGGCCAUCGGCGAUAUACACGGCGACUACCACAAGGCCGUACGGGCGCUGCGGCUGGCGGGGCUAAUGGACGAGCACGGGCGCUGGGCGGGCGGCAGCACCGUGGCCGUGCAGGUGGGUGACAUCCUGGACCGCGGCGACCACGAGAUUCGCAUCCUCAUCCUGUUGGAGCGACUGGCGGCCGAGGCGGCGGCGGCCGGCGGGCGGCUGUACCUGCUCAACGGCAACCACGAGACCAUGAACGUCAUGGGCGACCACCGAUACGCCACGCCAGGCGCCAACCUGGAGUUCCUGGGCUUCAGCACGUGGCGCGACUUCUGUGCGCUCAUGAAGCGCCGCAGCGGCUGCAACGGCGCCGGAGCGCCAGACCCCUUGCAGGAGCGGCGCGACGCGGCGGCCCGCGCCUCCAGCUCGCCGCACACCGCGUCCAUGGCCCGCCUGGCGCCUUACAACUGGCUGCGCAGCCGCGCGCUCAUGCCGGGCAGCGAGCUGGCGCGGCGCUUCUUCGCGGCGCGGCCCACGGUGCUGCAGCUGGGCGGCAACGUGUUCGUGCACGGCGGCGUGCUGCCGGCGCACGUGGAGUACGGGUUGGAGAAGAUCAACAGCGAGACGCAGUCCUGGAUGUUGGCGCCGGACGGGCCCACGCAGGCGCCGUCCUUCCUGCGCGGCGGCUCGGCCAUCGUGUGGGCGCGAGCCUUCUCCGCGUCAGACGAGCGGCGAUGCGACUGCGACACCCUCAAGAGCGUGCUUGAGUCGGUUGGCGCGCAACGCAUGGUGGUGGGGCACACCAUCCAGACGCGCGGCAUCAACAGCGCCUGCGAGUCGCGCGUAGUGCGGGUGGACGUGGGCAUGUCGCACGGCUGCGGCGACGGGCCGGUGGAGGUGCUGGAGGUUCUCAAGGACGGACAGGUGUUGCGGUUGCGGGAGCACACGCCACCCGUGGAGGUGGGCCCGGCUGCGCCGCGCCACCCGCCACACCAGACGGCGCAGCAGCACGCAGCAGGAGGCCGCGCGCCUGUUCCCUCGGCGGCGUAAUACUUGUGGAGGCCGGGAAUGAACGAGUUAUGUCGCCGUUUGGAAGGGCCUUGGGGCAGCUGAACGGUAGGCAGGAGAUAAGAUGUAAACUUGAGGAGGCCCGCACAGCCUUGAAAGAGGAGCAUGCAGUAACGCUGAGCUGCCGAACGGAUGCCGACGGGGGUACGAAUGCUGACGGAGGUAGAGCGCAGGCUGAGCGGGUGGUAUCUGGCUGGGCCUGUGCACGCCUGUGCAGGCCUGUGCAGGCCUUAGAGUUCAGGCAGGUCGAGCUUUGCAGGAUGAUUGCAGUGUGGAUUGUGUGCAACACUGCAUGUUGGAUUCCCCUGUCGGGCUCACUUGCGCUCUGACAAUCUUCGAGAAGCCAUGCCCAGCACCAACCGACCGCGACCCUAUCCCAAAAUAGCGGCAUGGGCUUCGUGGCACAGCGGUGUCCGCACGACAUAUCAUGGGCCUGUGAAUGACGUGCUCAGGCUACCCCAGUGCAUUUUGGCUUCGGUCUCGAACUGGAAUGGGCAUGGGGGAGCGCAGCACGAGGUGGGAUCGGCGUUGGGG